CCGAAGAGACUUUUAUUGUGAAACAACGUUUGACGUCAUUUCAACAUGGCAGAACUGGAAAUUGGAAAACAUUGUGAUAUUGAAUCAUGCAAACAAAACGAUUUUCUUCCGUUUGUAUGUAGCAGCUGUUCUGGAGUAUUCUGUUUGGACCACAGAAGCCGAGACUCUCACUCCUGUCCUGAGGUUCCAGUGAAGAGAGAGAUCUCUGGGUCUGGAGGAAACACAUCACAUCCAUGUAACUUUGAGGAUUGCAAAGCAAGAGAAUUACUUCCUGUCAUCUGUCCACACUGUGAUAAACACUUCUGUCUGGGGCAUCGUCAUCAAGAUGACCAUAAGUGUGAAAAGCUGGAGACACCAAAGCCUCGUAUGGCUGCAACACAGGAGCUAGUACAGAAGAUAGUGGAGUCUAAGAAAAAUGCACCUGCAAGUAAAGGCAGAAAAGGAGCGAAAAACGCUGCAACGGCUGCAAAAGUUGCACUGAUGAAGCUUAAGAUGCAUGCUUUAGGAGAUAAAGGCCUACCACAGACGGAGAGGACGUAUUUCCAGGUGUUUCUACCCAAAGAGGCUAAAGACUCGAGCUCGCCCAUGUUCUUCUCUUCUAAAUGGAGUGCCGGUAAAGUGGUGGAUUUCGCUGCAUCUCAAGCCGGUCUGAAAAACAACAAUAACGUUCUCACUGCUAAGAAACUUCGUCUAUGUCAUCCUGAGACGGGCAAAGCUUUUAAGAUGGACGCAAGCCUUCAAUCACUUCUAUCUCAUGCUGAAUAUCCUCUGCACAAUGGAGGCAAUGUCAUUCUGGAGUAUCUGGACAACGAGAGCUCUGGACUUGAUGAUGUCACAGCUUAUAUUCCUUCUUCAUGACUGAAGGUUCUUUAAACAUCUAAGUCUGAAAAAUGGUGGGUUGUGACAAGAUAAUUGAAUUGUUUACUGAAAAAUAAUACUUAAAGCUCUAUAUAUAUAUAAAUAUAGUCUGAUUUGCACCACAUGUUUUAAUAAAUAACACACACACACACACACACACACACACACACACACACACACACACACACACACACACACACACACACACACACACACACACACACACAUAAUAACCUUGUGAGUAUUUAAUACAUAAAUGUAAAGAAGCAUUUGCAAAAUCAGAAAUGGAUAGUUCUUAGAAGCACCCUGAUACUAAAAGACAUGAAAUGAUUGCACUGAAUGGAGUAUGUAUCCUUCUUUCACCAUUGAAAGAGCCAUUAACGAUGAGUUCACACAUUGAUGUAUGCUCUAAUUGCCUGAAAAUACCUGAAAAGGUGUGUUAGUUUCUUGCAACAGCUGUACAUAUUUCUAAGAAACAGACAUGCUGAAGAGGUUUGUUUAAGCAAAAUCUAUUUUUA